GAUGAAAUGGCGAUUUCGCCGUGUCCAUGACGUUGAUAAUGAUUUAUUUAUUCACUGGCAUGCGUGUCUUCUGUCGUCCGUUAAAUCUCAGAGCAACUUCACUUUCAACUAACGUUGACUUAGAGAAGCAGUUCUUUCCAUUUUGGCGUUUAGACGGACCACUUUUAAGCCACUUUUACAUCGCACAUACGUAUGCUGGAAGUUAUCGUUGGUAAAAUGUACAACAGAUUGCAGUAGUGACCGUGAAUAUAGAUACAGUAAUAUCACAAUGAAGAACUACGAAACAGCCGGGUGGGCUACGAUGAUAACAAUGAUAUACCAUAAUGCUACUAGCAUGGACGAGUCGGCGCUAAAUUCUUCAAAUUCAACUGAGAUUGCAGGGCCACCUCGAAAAUAUAAUCGGAAUGUUCGUCUAGCGGCGUUCAUUAUCAUCUUCAUUAUUUCGAUUAUCGGAAAUUCUAUCGUUUGUACCUGGAUGUGGACCCAUCGCAAGCAAAAAUCUCGAAUGAACAAAAUGAUUCUGAGCCUGACCAUGGCGGACCUAUUUGUCACUCUUUGCCCACUGGUGACCGAGUUUGUCCAGGAGUUGCUAGAGGCUCGUUGGAUAGCUGGAGAUACAGUCUGCCGCGGAGUUAUGGUUCUACAGACCUUUGCCAUCCACGCCUCAACCAACAGCGUUGUGGUAAUAUCCAUCGACAGGCACCGUGCACUUCGUAACCCGUUCGCCAGAAAUAUCCCGGUGAAAAUUCUAGUCAGUGGAGCCUGGAUUGCAGCUUUUGUGUUUUCAAUACCACAAGCCUUUGUAUGGAAGCUAGGCUACCGCAGAAACGGGGUUCCCAAAUGCACGUCUAUAUUUUCAACAUUGCCGGGCUUCCAUGUCAAAAUCUACAUGGUGUAUGCAUCCCUGGUUGUGUUCCUCAUUCCCUUCUGCAUUAUAUGCAUACUAUAUCUUCAAAUUUUAAAAACCGUAUGGGAACGAGGCAAGGAAAUUAACUUAGAUAGCAAACACAAGAAAGGCGCGGGUCAUAAACAGAUGAGCGCCAUUAUUACCCGCGCAAAGAUUAAGACGCUGAAGAUGACCCUUGUGAUUAUACUGACCUUUAUUAUCUGUGGAAUGCCCUACUUCCUGAUGGAGAUGAUAGUGAGUAACAACAAUACCGUGAAGGUCGACCCAAAUGUAUACGCAGUGCUUGGAAUUUUCGCGCUAUCCAACAGUGCCGCCAACCCAUUCGUGUUUCUCUUCUUCAAUUCGGACAACAAGCUCUUCCUCUUGCUGGAGCAGCGUUUCUGCUUUACCUGUUUCAAGACUCACGAGGUAAAAGGUCAUGCCGUUAAAAGUUGUGACAUGGACAAGUCUGAUGUGACAACAACAAUAAGCUGCGUCUGA